AUGAGCGAUUACCGUUUCAAAGAUCCCACACCAGCUGGUAAAGAGUUUCUCGUUGAUAAAUUCAACCAAAAGUUUAAUAUUAACGUAACCUACCGGUUCUUCAAAGAAAAACUCGAUCAACUUAAAAGAAAAUACAAGAAGUACAAGCAUCUUAUGAAAAAUACUACGGGCAUUUCGGUUGAUCCUACUACAUCUGUGAUAUCUGCGUCUGAUUCAUGGUGGAGAGAUCGUGAAUCUCAAUACUCUUUGCACCAAAGAAGAGAAGAGUUGCUGAAUGAUGGUCAAAAUAACGAUGAAGACCAUUUGUACUCUGAAACAUAUGAUGGUGAUACGCAACACACGCAUGUUCCCGAGACACAAGAAAAUGAAGAAAUUCCUACUUCUAGAGUGCAACAACGAAGUGGACUAAGGCGUGGAAGUAGUUCACAAAGAGGUGUAGAAAAUUCUCGGGUUGCUACCAGAAGUGGAUCUCAAGGAAGUCGUAGAAAACAAUCAUUCGAGACAACCUUGACAGAUACGAUGGCUGGCUUUAGAGAAUUUCAACGCCAAAGUUUACAACAACUGCGUCCAAAUUAUUUUGACGAAGGUGAUUACAAUGAAUUUGAUACGGCCGUGAAGAUAUUCGAAUCGAUGGAGCUUCCAAAUGACACCACUUUUUAUUGGGCUUGCAUUCAUGCAUUCAUAGAAGAAAGAUUUUGGCGCAAGUACUUCAUCGAUAGGGCUGAAAGACCGGUGGAAGAUAAGUUGAAAUUUUUACAAGCUCUUACAGGAUAUACGCGGGACAGUGAAUACGUGGGAAAACAGUUAGAAUCUGGACAAAAGUUUGGCAGUCCAACUUGUGGACAAUGGAAUUCUGGUUUUAACCAAUGGGGAACACCUCCAAAUCAACCGCAAUGGGGAACACCUCCAACUGCACCGCAAUGGGGAACACUGCCAAAUGCCCCACAAUGGAAUUCACCUUCAAAUGCUCAGCAGUGGGCUGCACCACCAAAUGUUCCCCAGUGGGGUACACCACCAAAUGCUCCUCAAUGGACUUCAUCUCCAAAUGCUCCGCAGUGGGGUCCACAAAAUGUUCCACAAUGGGGUCCGCCUCAUAAUUCUCAACAAUGGGGUCCAUCAUCAAGUAUUCAACAAUGGGGUUCUACAUCUGAUGUUCCACAAUGGGGUUCAUCACCGGCCACUCAACAAUGGGGUUCAUCACAAGAUGCUCAACAGUAUAUUCCUCCGAGAAAUGUUCAACAUGGAUUUUCCUUAGAAACAGAAGUACAAACUACAACACAUGAAAAGGAAGUUCAUGUUUCCGAGAAUGUUGUUAGAGGAGUAUCACCAGAAUUUGGUUUAGGGAACAAUGCUUCUACAAGUAAAACAUCACGUCCAAGAAGACGAGGAGGAUUAUUCAACAUAUUGGGAUCUGGACGAGGACUAAAUCUAAAUGAAACACAUGAGAGUGACUCCGCUUAUCGUAUAUGUCAGUUGCGAUCACAAAGUUCCCAUAGUCUAACUCAUGAUGAGAGAAUUGAGUUAUGGAAUCUGGAAAAUGAGCAAUUUGAAGAGUUAAUAAUUCAACCAUCACUGAGUUAUUACAGCCGUUAUUUUGAAAGAGGAGCAGUUCAAACCGGUAGCGGUGUAGGGUGGAGAAAUGUUUGGGGUCGGUUACAAGAAGAUGAUGCUGCAUGUCGUCAGUUACUACGAAUGUCUUUAGAUGUUUUUAGAUCUCUUUGUGACAUAUUGCAAUCAAAAUAUGGUUUGCAUCCUACGAUGAAUGUUAGUAUCGAAGAGAGUGUGGCAAUGUUUUUGCAAAUUUGUGGGCAUAAUGAAGUUCAAAGAGAUGUUGGAAUAUGGUUUGGACGGACACAGGAGACAGUGAAUAGAAAGUUUUUUGAAGUUCUUACGGCGACAGAGUUACUUGCUUGUGAUUAUGUCAAGACCCCAACAAGACAAGAACUACUUCGAAUUCCUGAAAGCCUGCAAACAGACAGAAGAUAUUGGCCAUAUUUUAGUGGAUUUGUUGGAGCUAUGGAUGGAGUUCAUGUAUGUGUUAAAGUGAAGCCUGAACUACAAGGAAUGUACUGGAAUCGACAUGAUUGGACAUCAUUUAAUAUCAUGGCAAUAUGUGAUCUAAAUAUGUUGUUUACAUAUGUUUGGAAUGGAGCACCCGGAUCAUGUCACGAUACAGCAGUUCUCACGAUGGCAGAAAAUAGUGAUUCUGAAUUUCCUUUGCCUCCAGUAGACAAGUAUUAUGUAGUUGAUUCUGGGUAUCCAAAUAAGCAAGGUUUUUUGGCUCCAUACAGAUCUUCUCGGAAUAGGGAUAUUAGGUAUCAUAUGUCUCAUUUUAACAACGGUCCUCCUCCUAAGAAUAAACAAGAACUGUUUAAUCGAUGUCAUGCAUCUCUACGUUCUGUUAUUGAAAGGACAUUUGGAGUUUGGAAGAAGAAAUGGAGGAUUUUGAGUGAUUUUCCCAGAUAUAAUAUUGCAGUUCAAAAAAGAGUGGUAACUGCUACAAUGGGACUACACAAUUUCAUCAGAAUUACAAAUUAUUUUGAUGAAGAUUUUGCUGAAGUAAUGAGGGACACAAAUUUCAGUGACGAAAAUUUUGAAGGUGAUCUUCGUGAUUUGGAGACAACAAACAUGGCUGAAGGAAAUCAUAUGAUGAACAUUAGAGACAAUAUUGCAAAUAUGUUAUGGGCAAAUCAUUAA